GUUAAUGCGUGCAUCGCGUUUUGCCAAAAACAGGGUCCCUUUACGUCGUAUUAAAAGAUGGUGGUCAUAGAAAUGAUAAUAUUUUAGAAACAAUUUAAAUACAUACUGGCGGAGAAAUGUUGCGAUAAAUGUUACUACUGUAGAUCGAAAACAUGUAUUCUAUCGGAAACCAAGAGUAUCGUCCUCUUAAAAAAUCCAGGCAAGGAACACACGGACCUGAUGUAUAUCCACAACAGGCAUCCCAGAAAGAAGAUGUUCUUAGCCAUGAAAAUGUAAAGAAAGGAUUGGAAUAUAGAAUUCUAGUUGCAGAAGAGUUUUCUACGAGUAGCAAACAUGGAGAUAUAUGUAAUAAAAUAGCGAAGAUUGGAGACUUUUACGAUUCUAUCCUUGCAAAAAAGGCCGAGAUUAACACUGUUUCCGAUACUGCUCCCAGUGGUGCUAACAAACGAAAGCAGCCAAUUAAUGCUAAAGAUGUUUUUAUCCAUGUGACUUUAAAGCCAAACACUCCUAAGCAAUCUGGUAUACUAAACUUCUUUAAAGAUCUCAGUGGAUUAAGGCCAUUAACAGAAUUAUCCAAGAAGUUGCCAGUUUCUAUAAGGAAGGAAGAUGUAUUACAUUGUUUGUGGGAAAAUAAGGUUCCACUAAUUAGAGCGACUUGGUAUAUCAAGAUGAACGCGGCUCAUUGCGCGUCUUUGGCCGAAAGUAAAGUAAAGAAGAGAACAACAACUGAUCCCUCCAGCGAAUGGGGAAUGCACCUAUUAAAGUUACUUCGCGAUUAUUUGCAAAAAGUCCACUGUAACUAUGCUGGAACUGUACCCUCUAUGCCAACUGGAUUUCUAACAGUAAGUUCGUCAAGUUCGAGAGAUUCUGAACAAUUAGAAGAGUUACUUGGAAAAUGGAAAUUUUUUUCGAAUCUCACUCAUCAUAUGUAUGCCAAUGAUCUAUUAGAUCGCAUGGAAAUUUUACAAUUUUACAUUGAUAUGCUGGAAAAAGAGAAAGAUGACACAACAACUAAAUUAAUUCUAUAUGAUAUUAUGAGAUAUGAUUCAGAUAUAUGCAAUAAUCAUAUUCUCUCCAGGCGACUAGCUUACUAUUGUGCUAAAAGAAUCAAUCUUUUUCUGACCGAUGUUGGAUCCUCAUCGCCUCCUCAUGACGGAAAUGUAAAUGAGAUUCUCACGGAAUAUUUAACUUGUCCACAACAUAAACCAAUAAUAUCUUUACUCACCGCCUUACUGCAGGGGAUUGUUUUAAGGUCUCCUGGGGCUUUGGUUUGGAAUGCUUAUAAGACUGAAAAGAGUUCUGUUGUCUCUCUAUGCGCGUCACCUCUUGACUUAUUGCCUUGCGAACCAUCUGCUCUAGCACUUCCUUCCUGUAUGUCAUCUGAAGAAGUAAAUGAAUCUAGAAUGAAGCUAAGGGAAGCAGAAGAUCAAAUUCGUCAGCGUUCAAUUGCUGCAUCAAUUAAAUGGUCAUCACCAAUGUGCAGACUAAACGAAGAGGGUUUUCGCUAUACUAAACUCUUACAAAUACUCGAAGAGUUGGAUAAAUAUAAUUUCGAUUUCAGGGAAAGCAAUUCAAGAAUAAUUACAAUAGAGACACUUUAUCAAAAAGUAUUUAUUAUUUCCAAAGAAAGAGAUCAGAAUGAACCUUACUUAUUUGAUGCACCUAUUGUAAAAUUUUUAUGUGAAUGGGCAGUGAAUACGCAGAGAUUCGGAUUUCAUAAAGCUGCCGCAGUAGCCAAAUUAUUGGACAUGAGACAAUCUUAUUGGCAGGCUCAAGCUGAGUCAAGAAUAAACGAACCUAGGGAUGAGGAAGAUACAAAUCCAGUCGAUGACAUAUUACACGCAGCUACAAAUUCCAAUAUGCCCUUUCAGAGUUUAUUGAUUGAAUUUUUGGAUACGCAAGCUCCAGUUCUUGAUAAAUCUCCAUCACCAGAAAAUCGUGCGGCAUUUGCCAACUUAGUUUUGCUAUUUGCCGAAUUAAUACGUCAAGAAGUCUUUUCCCAUGAUUCAUACAUAGCCACAUUAAUAUCAAGGGGUGAUCUACAAUGCUCAAAUAAUAUGUCCUACACCGAGAUUCAGGAAUUAUCGGACAUUGCGGUUAAAACUGAAACUGAUAAAUCGAAUGAUAACGAACUCUUUGAUUCAGAGUCUGAACAUUUCACUGGAGUUGGACCAAAAGACGAAAUUUUUUCUCCACAACCACCUGGUAGCGUUUCAACUUCAAUUAAGUCUGAAUUGUAUUCACCAGCCUCUGCCAAAGGUAUGUCGUACGAUGCGGUGGCAUGCAAAGGAACUACUCCCCAAGAUCCUAGCCCAUUAACGCCAGCAUCCAGUCUACAGCCCCACACUCCUUACACUCCUCAUAUGGCGUACACUCCUGGAACUGCAACAACUCCAAUAAGCACAACGAAGGCACAAAAAGUUCAAAAACCCAGUAGACAUUUAUACUAUACAAUGCAUUUACCGUUGCCAUCCGAUGACGCCUAUACACACGAAACAAACCAACGACUUAUUGUAUUAUAUGGUGUUGGGUCUGUAAGAGAAGCGGUUAUUCAUAAUCUAAAAAAAAUUAAACGUGAGAUUGUAAAAAUAUUUGGUAAGAAGAAUGCUAUAGAUCUAAGUAAUGGAGAUAUUGGCGUAAAGAACAAAAAGAAACGAUUGAGUGAUGCUGAUUCAAAUUCAGUACUUAAGGCAUCCAUUGGAAAAUGUCUGAGAACAUCCUAUUUUGAUCAACAUCAAAUAACUAACUCAUUGGCUUCAUUAAUUAUAGAGCAGAUACAAGCAUUUACGUCCGGUCAGACCACCACUGUGCCACAAAUUGAAUAUAUAGCUUGCCUAAUGGAUUUAAUGGAAAAGUCAUUAAAUAUUCGUGGUUUGAUAGAUCUUUGUGUUCAACUGUUAUCAGAAGUAUCCGAAAACGUUAGUGAAAAAGCUAAAGAGCUACUUAGAGGCGAUAAAAAUCAGAAACUUCAACGACCCGUUCACGCCAGCAACUAUCUACAUUCUUUAGUCCUGUGUAUUGUUUCAGUUUUCUGGAAAUAUCAUACAUAUCUAAUUCAUUUUCCCGAAAUAUUGAAGCAAGCUUGUAAAGGUUUAAAAGAAUAUGUAAAGUUUGCAAAACCGAAAGAAUGUAACUCCGCUGAAACUUGUGCUUUUAAUUAUCUACAUGAGGCUUACCUUGGUUGCUCUUACUUAAGGAUGAGCGAUCAAAAUUAUCAAGAAUAUUUAAUAAAUGACGUUAAACCGCACAUUCAACGAAAAAUGGAAGCUGCCAAUAGCAAUUCUAUGUGGAAUCAAAAGUUUUUACAAGAAAUGUUAGGUGAUCCUAGAAUUCAAGCAGAUAAUAUGACAAUUAGAGCUAUAAAUGAAAUGCCUUCAAAUUCGUAUAGUUUCGUUUGUAAUACUAUAUUAAAAAUAUGUUCAGGAACAGAAGACAGUAAUAAACUUAAUGACAUAGCCAUCAUGUGCUCUCAAAUGACAUCUUAUUGCCAUCAAUUGAGCAACGAAUGGUUAGGGGUCUUAAGCACCCUAUGUACAGUUGAUCUUAACUCUAUGGAAUGUAGCAACAAUGGCUACAUUGAUCUCAUUGUAAAAAUUUCCGAAUUGGAUGUUUCGUCAUACGGUGAUGCCUUAGCCAUUUUUGUGUCCAUACUAACGGCUAGAAAUUGCUUUUCAUUAGAAGACUUUCUACGAAUUGUAAUUAUGCCAUCGUUGGGCAAAAUAGUAUCAACUUUGGGUCAAAAUCCAUCUGGUACAGAUCAGGGUUCUAGACUAUGCCUGAAUUUGUUACUACGUAUUUUUCAAUCACCGAAUUUUCCUACGGACAAUGUUUUUGUGAUAAAGCAUAUGUAUGAUAGGAAUCUGUUAACUGCAGCCCAAAACGUAACUUCCCUAAGUCCUGUUGUUCUUGUUUUAAAAUUUCUGUUAAUGAUUGCCGGGGACACAAAUUCGAGGACGGAUAGCUUUCAAACUAUUGGUUGGACUUGUAAGAAGAUAAUGGGAUCUGUUUCUUUAGCAGAUUUUGCCAGAUACGUACUCCAAGAGCUUACUUGCCAAGAUUGGAUUCGAGAAAAAUUUCUCAGAUCUCCCCACACACUUUUAGGUAGUGACUAUCUGUUGGAUGUUCAUUUUUCAACUCGCAUGGCUCAAAACCUCGUUGAAAUAUUUUGCUAUCCUCACGGAAUACCAAAUUACGAUAGUGACGACGAAGACGACUGUGACGAAGUACUAAUUCAACGACGACACAUAACAAAUAUACUUCAGAAUUUAACUCAAUGGAACAAGAGGGAAGCAUGGCUAGAGAUGAGAUUAUUGUUUUUAGUUGAAAGACAAACAGAAAAAAUAUUUCAUCAACUUUUGGAUAACGUAGCAAAAGCAACAAUUCAAGCCUUUCAAGAAGAAGCUGAUAAAAAGGCGGAAAGUAAUAAGACAUAUGUAGAUAAACCUUCAGUUUGGUUAAUAGGACCAUUCCUAUCUAGUUUGGAGAAUAUGGUAGAAAGUAGAGUUUUAAGAUUCGCCGCUCAAGUCUUAGAAAGUGGGAACAAUUUCUGGGCUAUAAAAACUAAAGAAAAACAGCGAGAUCUACAAAAGAGAACAACCUUACUUGGCUAUCAGCCGUUCAUUUCCUUGAUUUUAUCUUGUUUAAAAAGUCAAGAUGAACAAAGGGAAUCUCUAUUAAACUCCCUUAGAAGUCAAAUUGAUAAUUUUGUAUCAAAUGCUAAGGAAGAUAAAGUAACAACAUCAGAUCCAAAAUUACGUCAAAUGAUGUCAGAGGCUUUACAUCUAAGACUUGGUUUAGUUGGUAGUAUGUUCGAAACUUUGCAAAAGAGCACAACAAAUACUCAGGAUUGGUGUACUUUAUUGACUCAAUUAGUUUCGUACGGCGUUGUAGAUACGACAACUAAUUCUUAUAUGUUGACAUCAGUUUUGGAUAUGUUAGGAACAUUAGUUAUAGGAAGUCUCGUUAAUGAAGCUGCUGAGAAAGGUGAUGAGUCGAGGAAGAACUAUGUGAAACUUUGUAAAAGUAUAAAAAGGGAAGUAAAUGAUAAACAUUCUGAAGGUAUUGACUUAGUGAGACAAUUACUUCCUUUACCAAAUAAUAAGUUCCAAAUCGAAGUACUAACUGUUGAACCUUACUCUAAAAAACCUGCAUCAAAAUCUGGCUGCAAAAUACAAAAUAAGCAAAAAGUAUUUUCUUGGGAUAUACUAGAAGGUCACAAAAAUCCUGCACCGCUUGCUUGGUCAUGGUUCUCUGGUAGGAAAACAGAGAGGAAAACCUUAAAAUAUGAAGAUCAGUUCAGACAGCUAUUACAUCACCAGCAUAACUUGAAACAACCGGAUGCUUAUUUCUUCGAAAAUCCUCCUGUUCCGCCUGAAGAUUUUGAACCAGUUAGCGUGCGAGAGGAGGAGAAACCUGUAGAGAGAUUAGAAGAACGUCAUACAGAUAUGAAAAAGAAGAAGACUUCCACAAGAGGUAGAAGAGUUAACAACAAUCGAACUUCAAAUCCAACAACACCUGUCUACAACAUGCAAACUCCUAACUUCCAAGGCAUGAUGGGUUCAAGAGAGCAAUACCAACGUCCACCGAACGCUCCGUGGGCAUAUUCUGGGCAGCAACAGCAACAGCAACCGUUUUAUCCUCAACAGCCAGGCUACGGUGGUAACCGUUUCCCAGGUCCUUCAGCUGGGGGCGCAAGCCCCUAUGGAAACGGAAAGGAAGCAUUAACAACCCUCUUACGUACUCGUAUGCCCCCUUACAACGCAAACCGACCAAAUACACCUCAAAAUAUAGGUGGAAUGCCUCCCCAGCAACAAGCUGCUAAUAAAUUACAACAAAUGAAUAACAACCAAUUGGUUCGGCAAAGGCUCGCAAUGAAUAUGAUGAAUAGAACAACAAAUUCGGAGAUGUCUUAUCCAGGAGGUCCUGGUUCUACAAAUAGCGUACAAAAUAAUUUUGCUUCUUCAGAUGUAGGCCCUGCUCAAUAUAGCCAAACAACUCCUAAUUAUCAGGCGUCAACAAAUGCAAAUUUUAUGACGACUAACGCCCAACAACAAUACGCAAAUAAUCCUCCAGCAUAUCCAGCGGGAACUGGUAAUCAAAUGAGCCGAUCAGCUCUAUACAGUCGACAAAUGCAGCAACAUCAGAUACAGCAACAGCAGCAGCAGCAACAACAACAACAACAGCAACAACAACAGCAAAUUCAACAAUUGGCAAUGCAGCAACCUCAAAUAAGUCGACAAAAUUCACAGCCUCCUCAAUACGGAAGUUACGGCGGUGCUAGCCGAUUCUGA